AUGGAUUGGGACAAAGCUAAGGACCAAUAUGAAAACAAACAACUCUUCGAUGAGCAUUAUUUGUGCAUGCGCCUAGUAAAUCUUUCAUAUAACCCUCAAGAUGACUAUAAAGUUCCCUCAGAUAUUGGCAUCACAAUCGGUUACAAUGGCUUUGCAGGUCCAAUGAAUCCAAUAUGGUUUUGCGUAGUUAAUGAUGAAAAGAAAGCUGUAUACAUAUGCGUACGUGGAUCUCGAGAUAUUUUGGAUGUUUAUUCCGACCUGAAAUCAAACGUAAUUGAUUUUUAUGGAUGCCCUUCACAUCAAGGUUUUGUUGAAGGUGGAAGAACUAUCUUUGAUAACUUCCCAUGGGAUAAACUCGAACCAUGCAUCAGGAAAGGAUAUUCCUUCCUUUUCACAGGCCACUCACUUGGAGGAGCAUGUGCUGCUAUCGCGACAAUCGAAUUUUAUCAAAAAUAUAGAGAUACGAAAUUAAAAUGCGUUACAUUUGGUUGCCCAGGCGUUCUUACACCAGAUUAUGCACAGCAAUGGUAUCCUGUCAUCGAUUCUGUCUUCCAUGUUGGAGAUCCAAUUCCAUUUGCUUGUAAUCAUAAUCUUUUUACUCCAAAGAGUGGAGUAAACUUCAUUGGAGCACUUGCAGGAGCUCUAAAAGAGUCUGAAUAUUUCCCUCUUCAUUUCCUCGAUUCGAAAGCACGUGAAGAUGUUUCUCCCGAUUAUCAAUUACUUUUGCCACCGGGCAGAUACUUUGCCGUUGGAUUGACAACAACGGGAGAUCUCAAAGUAGUCGAAUACCAAGGUGUGGAUUUCUUCGAUGGAUUACAAUCAUUCUUAGUACAGUCUGGACACUUAAUUAAAUUCUACAUAAGUACAUACGAUAGACUUUACGAUGAAAAGGUGAAAGGAACAAAGUCAUCCUUUAAAGAGCACGUAACCUUGCCAGUUGAUUUUACCCCAAUCAGAUAA